CAACAAGUUCAGUCGACCGUCGAGCGUCGAUCGAAGCGGUCGGAGACGCGAGUUGCCUUCCAGUUGCCAACCGGCUGCUUACGAGUCGCACGAACACGCAUGAACCGAUUUGAACGUACGUUUCCCAACACUAAAUUUUUCUGAAAUUCUGAGUUUUGCCGCGUGUUUUCGGGGACUUGGCGCGCUAUAAAAUGUUGGGGAAAUUGAGGGAGAAUUGAGUUGGUUUUGGCGCGUUUUUAUUCGUUUUCUCGAACAUUCAAUUUUGGGAAAUUGGAAAUUAUGAGAAUUUGUGGAGAAAAGUUGUAGUUGAACAUUUGUAAAUUCUAUCUGAGAAUAAAUCUGUAUUUUUGCGGUGAUUUUUUAUUGUUCUAUAAAAAAUCUUGGUGAGAAAAAAGCUUGAAAAAUAGAAGUUUAUUAUACGAUAUGAAGACGUUCUGAUCAAGUUUAUCUAUCACUUUUUUCGAAUGAACUAAUAUGAAAGUUAAAUAUAAAGUGCCUGGAGAGUCUGGGGAGUAUUAGGGUGAAGUUCGGUUAUAAACUUAUAAUCGAAGAAGAAAGUGGAAAACUACGCGAAAAAAUUGACAAAGAAGGUUGAAAAUCUAAUCAAAUCGAAGAUUAAAUACUAAAAAAGCUGUAUAUAAAACCCGGUGAACCGCAAAACUGCAUAUUUAUUGAUGCGUACAAGAAUCAGAAAAAGUGAAGAUCUUAGCGUUCAUAAACACGAAUAGCAACGAAAUUAUUGAACACUACCCCAGAAAAUCAUUGUUUCCCGGAAAAUUUCGGAGCUGAUUAUCACGCGGACUAUUUAUUAUUUGUUGAAUAUUCAAAAGAUUUCGGGCACUGUUGACUUUGUUACCAGCAAGUGACCGGUAAGGAAGUGAUAGUGUUUCAUCAGCCAAUGACUUCUUAUCAUAGCUGGAUGCUGAACGAUAAUUGACAGUUCGAGAACAAUGAGCAACGUUGAUUGACUUGGAAUAACCAGAGCACUCUCGAUGAGCCAGCCUCUAGAUGGCGGUGAACAGUGACCAACAGAUGCACGUGCGAUGGCGUCACCACCAACUGGGCCUUCUGUCACAUCUGCGUCACAUGCUCGUCACAGAACUGUUUGUCGACGUCACACUUUGCUGUCAGGGCAGGCGACUCAAGGCUCAUCGUGUCCUGCUAUCGGCGUCCAGCCCUUAUCUACAGGACCUUCUCCUCUCACAACCCUCCAACGAGCACGUAACCAUAAUCCUCCAUGAUGUCUCCUUCGAGGACAUGCGUGCUCUACUGGACUUCAUCUACACUGGAGGAGUCACCCUCCCCGAAUCGCGUCUCCCAAACUUCCUAUCAGCUGCUGAGGCCCUCCAUAUCACCGUCCUCACCGACAAACACCUUUAUCAGCUGAUCCCAGCUGACAGCCAGCUGAUUCCAGCUGACAGCUGGUCAAUGUCCUACAAACCGCUCCCACCUCUUAUCAAAGUGGACCAUGAUUCACGGAACCCCCUUGCCUUCCAGCGGUUCCAGGAUGUGAAAUUCCACGACUUCCGCAACCAUCCCGACACGAAAUUCACACCUCUCCAAACCGAUUUCACGCCGAGGGUUGGGGUACCAGACGACACAAAACCUCCGUUUUUCGAGGGGAAACUGGUGAUGCCAAUGGAUUCGAGUCGGUGUUCCAGUUUCAGUGACUCUUCAGAGGACAGUCACAGGAGGUCGAUUGAUUCGGGUCUCGAAGUUUUGAACUCACCCUCAUAUGAUAACAGCGCCAGAGAUGUGAAGACCAAACAGGAGGAUUUGAGGUUCUGUUGCCAUUCGGAGAAAGACGACCUCCUUCGGCUGUCUCGCAGUCCCGACUAUCACCAAUGGGUACGUCCUCUUCCCUCCCUCAUGCCCAUCACCGCCUCCUCCUCGCCCUGGUCGCAGAGCGGCAGGCCACCUGUCGGUGCACCCAGGAGACCACCCGUAUCGGUUCAUGAGGAUGUCGUCAAACAGGCCAAUAUGGAAGUCGUGGACGCCAAGCCUCAACCAAGCGUUAUUCCACAAGAAGACCGUAUCCACCCACAAUACCCACCAAAUCUCACGAAACCAUUGGAAACUACACCCAAAAUGGACACUCUCCCCCACCCUGACCCCGACGAAAGUACCACCUUCUACAGUAAUGACGUCACAAGACUUUGCAAGCUUAAAGAGAGAAGACUGCAAGACUUCUACAGGGAUCAACAACUAAACGGCCAAACAGAAAAACCCGAUAAUUCAGCGUUUGUAACUGGAAAAACAACGAUUCCUUUGACACCCCUGAAACCAUCACUGGAAUCAUCAAGGAAUAUACCAGGGAAUCUGUGCAGAAAUAGAGGCUUCCAAGGUGAUUCUGGGGAGGUGGGGAGUAAUGGGGCGAAAGACUUACACCACAUCAGCAGAAUUCUGAAGGUUGAUGAUGAUCAGGGUAGCAGAUCUCCAAACCCCUCGACCCCACCUCUAAAUGGACUCAAAACCAUGACAAGUAUCUUGGAAGAUGUCCACCAAGACGGUCCAAAACCUUUCCUGGACAGAUCAGAUAAUCCCCAACCAUCAAUCAAUGACUCCAACAACAACCCAAGCAUAACUGAGACAAAAUUUCCUUGUCAGGAAUGCAAUCUUGUCUUGGGAUCCAUGCAGGAAGUGUCGGAACAUUUGAAGAUGAUACAUCCAGCGGCUGUUCUGAAGAUAGAAGGACCUCCAUUCAUCUGCAAGGUGUGCAACAAAACGUUUGCUCAGAAAGGACAUUUCAACUCACAUCAGAAACUCCACCAGGAGUCGAGAAGCGCGGAGCAUAGCUGCAGUCAUUGUGGGAAGGUGUUUCUGACAAGAGCCUCUUUGAAGGUGCACCUACGCACGCACACGGGUGAGAAACCGUUCCACUGCACGGAGUGCGGCAAGCAGUUCAGCCAACUGCGCAACUACAAAUACCACCGCUCCGUGCACGAGGGCACCAAAGAGUUCGCCGCAACCUGCCCCGAGUGCGGCAAAUACUUCAACGACCGCGGCUACCUCAGCUCGCACAUGAAAAUUCACCGCAACCGCAAGGAAUACGGCUGCGAGUACUGCGGCAAAAGCUUCAAUCAAAGAGUGGCCUACAACAUGCAUGUCCGCAUCCACACCGGUGUCAAGCCGCACGUGUGUCCGCACUGUUCCAAAUCGUUUUCGCGGAAAAUGCUGCUCAAGCAACACCUCCGCAUCCAUACCGGUGAGAAACCGUUCACCUGUGUAGUCUGCCAGAAAGCGUUCGCAGACCGCUCCAACAUGACUCUACACAUGCGACUGCACUCAGGGGUCAAACCCUACACAUGUAGUGUCUGUUCUAAAUCGUUCACCAAAAAACACCACCUGAAAACCCACAUGAACUACCACACUGGUGUUAAACCCUACGCGUGUUCCAAGUGUGGCCUGAGGUUCAGUCAGUCGAGCAAUAUGAGGACUCAUUUCAAGAAAUGCACUUCGACGGGGCCGGUGCAACAGAAUGCAACUGCAGCAGGUGCAUCAGGGAGUGGUGAAUGCAUCGCGAAUCCUUUAGUGGCAGUGCCGGCAAGUGUCGUGAAAAAUGAUGUGGUCAAGAUUGGAGCAAAUGUGGUCAUCGAUUCUAAUGUCAAAUGAUUAUAAGGUACACUAGUUUCAUUGACAAAAUAUAGAUCGCUUAGUUUGUUAAUAUUGAAUGUUGGUUAUAUUACUGUCAAGCUGUUUUGUUUUAUCAAGGAAAAAUAAAAUUUCGAUAAGAGACCAAUUAGAUUAUUGGAUCCAUUCAAACAAUAUGAAUUAUCGUAUUGAGUAAUAUAAGUAGGCAGAGGUUUUAUAAGUUGAUCAAAUGAAUUCAGGAGUCAAGUUGUAUUUUUAUUGAAUUUCAUUGACAGCUUGAAUGAUAGUAUCACUAAAAAACGUAAGAAUCACUAUUAUCAUCAUUAACAAGAGAAGUUGAACAAAACACAAAAAUAUGUUAUUUACUACUGGAUGACAUACAGUAGUCAACAUGAGCUUUGAUCAUAAUCGUAGUCAAUGAUCAUCGAAAACCUCUAAUAAAUGCUAUUAGUGAAAAAAAUUCAAAGAAGCUUUCAAUAGGUUCCUCGUAAAAUGGACGGAGUAUUAUUAUCUGCCCUAUUAUUCAACAAUUAGUGUUUGAAUAUUUUAUACAAAAAUAUUGUGCAGAUUCAUUGAUAAGUUUUAGAGUAGGAUUAGUUCAGUGGAUAAGUUUUCAAGAUAAGUGUAGCCCAAAUAUCAAAAUAACGUAGUGUUCUCUUAAUUUUCAAUAACAGAAGAGUUAAGAUAAUAUUAUCGAGCUAUCAAUUUGCUGUAAAAAUUUAGUAAGUGAUCAAUUUUCAUCUGUGAUAAGUCCAAUGUUGGAACUGUUUAUUCUUGUUAGUUGAAUUGUUAUUUUAUAUUGAUCUAUUUAAAAACAAGAUAAAUAUUCUUGCCAUAUUUUUAAUGAGUAUACUAUUGCGUGCUGUGCCUUAUAAAGGAUCAAUUAUUUCAUUUUUCAUAAAAACUAUCAAUAAGAAAAGUACAAAAGAACAAUCAAAAUAAGUUUUAGAGAAUGAGAGCGCUUCUAGAAUUUUCUUUCAAAAUGAGAGGAAACAUGACAAUAAAUGGUGCUUAUUUUUUUAUAGUCUAGACUCUAGAGCAAUAUGGUUAGGAGCUACUUUGAGAAAAAUAAGAUGCUUUGUGUAAGAUUGCAUUGUUAUGUAGUUUUAAGUUAAUUCACAAUGAGUCAACAUUCAUCAGAAAUAUGUAGAGUAUUCUAAAGUUGGGAGUCAUUCUCUCCAAUUGGAAUACUCUAAAAAUUUAUCUCAUGAAGAAAAACUCCUGGAUAAAUCAGUCAAAAGAUAAUUUAUAAUAAGGGAAAUGGAAUAUCUUAUAGGUUAUUGAUUAUUCAUGCUCACAAAUAAUAUGAUACUUAUGUACAAUAUGUACAAUAAUAAUGUUUAUUUUCAGUAGCUUUUGUAGAUUGCUUUUUCUGUUCAGUAUUGUUAUUUUUAUUCUAUUGAUUAUCUGUUAUUAUUUUUAAGUUAAUUUUAUGCUUGUACUCGGAUUGCUCGAAGAUUACUUGUUGAAAUAAGUUUAGCUAUGCAGAGAGAAUUCUCUUGUAUAUUAUGAUAAUGGACUUGUUAUCGUAUUGAUUAAGUUGUUGCCUGGAAUCAAAAUUGGCCCAGAUACUUGUAAUCAUAAAAUUUGAAAAUAUAAAUUUGUAUAGUACCUAUUUGUAUUUAAAACAUACUUUCAUGAAUUCCAAGACAAUCAAAAUCAUGACUUUAUAUAGAUCUGUGACGACAACUUUUAAGUGUUCAAUAUAUCAUAACAUAUGCUUCUUGAGAAUGAAACAUUUUCCAAAUUGACAUAAUAAGUUAUUCAAAUUAUUAAUAUCAAAGUCUUUUGUGAUAGGAAUAGUCAGUUGAAUACCUACUGCUCCACUGACAUGACUACUCAUGAAAUCUGCCAUGAAACACUCAUUUUGUAAAAUUUAAUUAUGAACAUUUUUUUAACAUUCGUUUCGAUCAUAUUUUUGGCAAUUUCACGGUGGAAUUUUCCAAGAAUUUGGAUCCAAGCUAGACAUCUGAUACACAAAAUUCAUCAGUUUUCCAUGAACAAUAUUUAUGCUACCGGAGCUCAAAUGUUAAUUAUUAUCUAGAUUGAAGAAUAUAACAGCUCAGUUACAUUUCAUUUUACGAGAUCAUUGAAUAUUCAAAUAGAAAACUAAGGUGUAGUAAGUGUGAUAGCUGUAAGUUAUUGUUUGUAAAAAUGUUUUGUUUAUUGUUACUGAGUUCAGUUAUUUGUAUUUUAAAGAGGUUUAUCGACCAUAAAUAUAUCUUUUUUGAU